GUUGCUUGCACUCACGGACAGCGCAGGGAAGUACGGUAGCUGCGUUCGACAGUAGCAGUAUCAUAUUGAUUGGUGUGGAGCAGGUGAUUGCGCCGACCAGGGCCUCCGGAUCGGGUUCCUUUCUGUCAACACCAAUGCACGGGCCCCUUCAACGCGAUUACUGUUCGCUCCGCCCACAGGCAGCCAGCCUGCAGUUGGAAAUAGACAGAUCAGCUGGCAGAGAAGACUAGAAGAGGGAGAUUCUGAAAAACCUCACUUGGAACUGCGUAGCAACAUGACUUGCACAGAAGUGAUGUACCAUCCUGCUUAUACGCCGUACAGUUCCUAUCUCGCUUAUCAAAAGCCUUAUGAUACAUACAAGAAAUUCGCUGCUCUCCACAAAGUUUACGAUAGUAGCCAUAGUCCCAUGGAUGCCAUAAAUUACUCCACAACAGCAACGACGGGAUUAAGUUUCGGUUUAGUAGGCAAAGAGGAAGAGAGUGACGAAGACCUGCAUCCAAAAGCCUCCCAGUAUUUAUCGGCAAAGUGCGCCGUGUACACGUUCUUUACGGGAGAUCCUAGUUCUAACGUUGACGAUCAUUUCUCAAAAUCACUGAGUCUAUAUAACCAAAGGAUAAAUCAGGUUGGAGGGGGAGAUGGCAAGGCAGUUAACUGGAAAGUUAACCACCGGUAUGUUCCCCACAAGAUAGAAGGAGAGGGUUCCAGACGGCUGGCCAUCCAUUGCGUAACAUCAACUGAUUAG